GGAAGAGACACUUGUUCCACUUCGCACCACCCUCAUUCCGAUAGCCAUGUCGCAAUUCUCUCAAUCAAAGGUGCUCCUCCCACUGUACAUUUACCCACAAGUCGGCGCAUGGGAUCCUCUUUACACAGCCGUUGCCGCAAAUCCGUGUGUUCGAUUUGUCGUCAUCAUCAAUCCGAAUAGUGGGCCAGGUGCAGCACCGUGGUGGCCGAAUGAGGACUAUGUUCGGGAAAUAGCACGGCUAAAUGCAUUGCCGAAUGUUACGACCCUGGGCUAUGUACGGGUAGCCUAUUGCAGACGACCGGUUCAAGACGUUCUAGAGGACAUCGAAACAUACCGUAGAAGAGCCAGAGAGGAUGACCGUUUGAGGGUCGAAGGUAUCUUCGUCGAUGAGACGGUGAAUUUGUACUCAGAAGAGGCUAAGAAGUACCUCGAUGCUAUCGAUCGCAGAGCGCGAACUCUUAUUGGUGUCAUGAUUCAUAAUCCUGGUACAGCAGUAAGCGCUGAGCUUGCAGCACCUGGACCCGAGAUCACGGUGGUUGUAGAAACAUCCUACGAGGAAUUUAUGACUGAAGGAUACCAGGAGUGGCUUUCUACUUCGCCGUACAAGCGUGCUCGAACUGCGUACAUAGUACAUUCUGUUCCACAAGGAGAAGUGAAGGCUCUAACGAUAGCGCUUUGCGAGCGAGCAGAGUAUCUGUUUGUAACAAGUGCGUUCUGCGGCUUCUACGAGAGUUUCGCUGGAAGCUGGCAUGACUUUGUCGCAUCGCUAGCGGAGCGGCGAAAGUAAACACAUUGGACAUCUUGGACAUCUGUAGAGUUGUGGAGCGAUAGUACUGAGAAACUGUAAGUGGAACAUAAAGCUCCACAAAUCCUCUUCUCGUGAGUAGAUGCCCUAUGCUGUCGAAAUGGUCUCACAACACGAAUUCGUCUGGUGCCGCGGUAUCGGGGGCUUUUCGUAAAUCUGGAGAAUUUCAGGACCCCAU